AUGGCCUCGAAGACAUCUUCAAUCCGCGCAUUGUCGCAUUAUCUAGUCCGCCCUCAAACACCGCUUCGUCCCCGCUGUAAACAACAUGCCCAACUCAGACAAUACUCUGCUGCAGCGCCCGGUGCACGCCUAAACGGCACAGUAGAAUACGACACCACGCCAAUUCUCCAUCACACCGCAAAGUCGUCUCUCGCGAACCCCGAGUUGCCAGCGGAGAUACAAAAAGGCCAAACAAAGCGCAUCAACCUCUACACCGCCAUCAAUGAGGCACUUCGACAUGCACUGCAAACCGAUGAGAGAGUCUUGGUCUUUGGAGAGGAUGUUCAAUUUGGCGGUGUUUUCCGAUGUACAAUGAACCUGGCUGCAGACUUUGGCACAGAACGCGUCUUCAAUACUCCGCUGAGUGAGCAAGGACUGGUUGGAUUUGCUAUCGGAGCCGCCGCUGAGGGCAUGAAGCCCAUCGCUGAGGUUCAAUUCGCCGACUAUGUCUUUCCAGCAUUUGAUCAAAUACACAAUGAAGCGGCCAAGUACAGAUACCGGUCUGGAACUACCGGGGUCAACUGCGGUGGGCUGGUAAUACGCAUGCCAUCGGGCAGCGUAGGACAUGGUGCACUUUACCACACACAAUCUCCAGAGGCUCUCUUCACCCACACACCCGGCCUACGCGUCGUUAUACCUCGCUCGCCCGUUCAAGCCAAAGGACUGCUCCUCUCAGCUAUCCGUAGCCAAGACCCAGUCAUAUUCAUGGAGCCCAAGAUUUUAUACCGCGCUGCAGUCGAGCAAGUACCAGUUGAUGCCUACUACCUCCCGCUCGACAAGGCUGAAGUCCUGAAAACGGGCAAGGACCUGACGAUAGUCUCAUAUGGAACACCCUUGUAUACAUGUUCAGCGGCCAUAACAGCAGCAGAGAAGGAUUUUGGAUGCAGCAUUGAAUUGAUAGAUUUGCGCACAAUAUACCCAUGGGAUCGCGAGACAGUGCUGGAGAGUGUGAAGAAGACAGGGAGAGCAAUCGUAGUACAUGAGAGCAUGAUGAACGCGGGUGUCGGUGCCGAGGUUGCUGCCACAAUUCAAGAAAAGGCUUUCUUGAGAUUGGAGGCGCCCGUGAAGAGGGUCACUGGGUGGGCGACGCAUACCGGGCUCGUGUUCGAGCAAUUCAUCAUACCAGAUGUUACAAGGGUUUACGAUGCGAUCAAAAAGACCAUAGAUUAUUGA